CCCCGUGCGAGUCUGUUUGCGGAGGAGCGCCAGCGGAACUGGGCUUAGGGCCCGGGUGCUUCUCGGAGCCGGCGCCAGGAUGGCGCAGCGGGCCCAGGCCGAGAGCCGUGCGGGUGCCCGCGGGGGAACUACAGCUCCCGGCGUGCUUCGCGGCGCGCGCGGCCUGCGAGUUCGGUGAGGCCCGCCCGGAACGGCCCCAUCCGGGUCCCGGCCACUGCUGUGGGCGAUUCGUCGCCGUUACGGGGUAAGCGGCUCACAGCGGCGCUGUAGCUGGUGCUGCAGCGAUGGGCCUUCUGCAGCUCUGCCGCACCUGGCAGCGAAGGGCAACAAACGCGAUCCGCCCGGUUCGGACUUGCUGCGAGAGGCUGUGAGCUCGAGGGUGGUAAGAGCCGGGCGGCGGCAGGGGCGGCGGCUGAGCUGCGGUAGGCGGCCGCGUUCGCCCGGCGCACCGUAUCGGCGGCGCCGAGUCGUAGUCGCCGCUCGCGGAUCGGUUAAAACGCUGCUGAGGGCGAGCGCACGCCAGGCCCGCUCCCCUCCGGCCCGAUCCCGAGAUGCCUGCAGCGGUAGGGUUGGGGCUGGGCAGACGACCUCGGUGUGGGCCCGGUCCGCAAAGGGCCGAGGUCGGCCUCGGGCAGCGGGAAGGCUGAAGCUGAGGGUGGGCGCUUUUCUUGGUGCAGAAAGGCUGUCGCGGCGGGGCGCUGGAGCGGCCUCUCCCGGGCUCCCGGACUGCGUCGGGCAGCUGCUCAGCUGCCGAAAGGUCUGAGAGGGCGGCCGUGGCCGGCGGGGCUUGAAACCGCUGCGACGGUGUUUGUGUGGCUCCGUGCGCUCGGAGCGCUUGCGGAGCAGCUGCUUAACGCGGCCGGGCUUUGACCCACUGCUUCUGUCAGCACGGGCUGUGCCUGCCCCUCCGGCUCACUGGCUAAAACUGCUGCACAGCCCCGGCUGUGAGCAUAGUGCGGGCCCUCACACCUCGCCGGGGAUGAUGGUCCCUGUGUGCCUGCUUGGCAGUUGACCCUGGCAGGUAAAGACUCCUGCGGCUCUGAUUUUUUUUUGUUUAUUACAGGUAGCUGCGGGUGAUCAGUCAGCUGCGAUAAAGGAAACAUCUGAAGAGAUGCAGUAAGGUGUUGCACUAUCUGCCGCUUAGCCUAGGGGAAUGCAGUGUGGAGUGUGGCAUUGCAGCUCAUAUCACAGUGAUAGGGGUUCACUCAUCUUCCUAUUGAAUUCUAUACGAACUUCAACAGUCAAGUAGAAAUGCUUGCUGAUAAGCAGGUCUAGAGGAGGAAGUUCAUAUACACUAGAUAAUCCAGCCAGACUUUCUCUGCAGUCUGGUGUGCUUAACACUUUGUUCUGUAUUCCUUAUAUGUACUGUUGCAGUACCUUCCCUUCUCUUUCACAAAUCCUUCUAGGGCCUUUUUUCCAUUCUCCAAAGACAGCACUUGAAUGGGAAUGUCAAGUUCCGGGUGGUUUGUUCUGCAGGAGUUUGACAGGAAAUAUAAUUGUACCUGGCAGUGCAUUGCAGGAUGCAAUUUUGUGACUUGGGAGAAUAAUCACUUCACCAUUGUCUGCCUGGGUUCUGUUCCUCUUCUCAAGGUGCUUAGAGCCAUGCACUAAUUCUCAAACUCUCGUAUCUAGUUACUGAAUUGCACACUAACAGUGUGAAGUCUGGUGCCUCCAGUCUUCCUGAGGAAGCAGACCUUGGCAUUCAAGUGCAAUGGCAAGGACUUUUGUAGCAUAUUGUUGUUGUACUUGGGGCAAAGAACCUCAGCUACCUUACAUUAUUUUUUUUUCACAGUCAACUUCUUUGCUAAUACGAGUGUGGUGGUCUGCCUGUGAAAGUGUUACGGGCAUCUACUUUUUUUUCUAGUAUGGCUCAUGGUACUCUGCAAAAGUGGAUGACUCUGCUAGAAAGCUGCUUUUGUUAAAUCCAAAAUACCUAAAUACUGCAGUAAACAACCUCAUAAUUCGGUCACUAGUUCUAAGAAUAAUAGACAUAAAUAAAAAGCAAUCAGAAAUUAAAAGGCCUUUUAUGAAGCUCCUAAAAUAUUCUAUAGCUGCACUGCCCUUUUUCAGAGCGCAAGCACAGCUUUUCUUGUGAGAAACCCUGGAAACUGUGUUCCCAUUGAGCUUGGAACUCAUCCCUAGAAUAAUGUGAGAUGAGCAGGUGUUCUCAAAAUUUCUGAAUAUUAUUUAAGGGUUAAUAAAACUUAUUUAGAAUUUGUGUUACUUUGGUUUGGUUGUUUUUUUUUUUCAUUGGUUUUGGGUGUUUGCUGUUUUUUUUUAAUUUUUUUUGAGAGUAGUUUGGUUGGGUUUUUUUCUUUGAGGAAAAGAUUAAAAAUACCACUUAGACAUGAUAGAGUUUAGUAUCUACCAUGGACGUGUACUACAUACAGUUCAGUGGAAACAGCUGAGUCUUUAUAUUCUCACAGGCCUCUUUUCACAAGUGUAACAACGCUGGCACUGUCAAUUCCUACCUAGUUAAGAUCUGGCACUGUUUAGUUUUUUCUGUUCCAAACAUUUCCUACUCUUGAGAUUUGUCUCCUGACACUUACCUCUCUGGUUUUGCUGGAUGCACUGCCCCAAAGCUUGAGUGGAAAAUAAAGGACAAGCCCUACCCUGGCCCCCAGCUCGUUAUUUCACUUUACCGCUCCGGGCGGCGGUGGGCGGUGAGCAGGUGUGCGUGAAGCCGCCGCUUGCGGGACCCCGUGCGAGUCUGUUUGCGGAGGAGCGCCAGCGGAACUGGGCUUAGGGCCCGGGUGCUUCUCGGAGCCGGCGCCAGGAUGGCGCAGCGGGCCCAGGCCGAGAGCCGUGCGGGUGCCCGCGGGGGAACUACAGCUCCCGGCGUGCUUCGCGGCGCGCGCGGCCUGCGAGUUCGGUGAGGCCCGCCCGGAACGGCCCCAUCCGGGUCCCGGCCACUGCUGUGGGCGAUUCGUCGCCAUUACGGGGCAGCGGCGGCCGAGCCGGGGCCGGGGCGGCGCCGAGGAGCUGGUGGGUGCCUGGGUGGUGCCGACCACUCGGGCGGCAGGCAGCGCCGGGCCCUGCGGGGCUCUUUGAGCAGCUCCUUCUCUCUUCGCCCGGAGCCCCGCAGGCCCGGCCCGGCCUUCCGCGGCCUUCCCCUGUUCGAGCGGAGCAGCGAGAAGAUGUCGCCAUGAAGGAGGCCGAGUCCACACUGCGCCGCCCCCGCCGGUCGCCCCCGCGGGCCAUGAGCCUGAGCCCCCUCCGGCUCCGCCAGCGCCCGUGCUUUCCCCCCGCUCAGGGCUGCCAUUCGCCCGCCGGGGCGCCCGUUGAUGCUGCAGAGCCCGCCCGGCGCGACACCCGCCUCCGCCAUGGACAAGAGCAGCCCCUGCGCUUCCGGAACGCCCGGCUCCUCGGUCGGCAGCAAAGCGCAGCAGCCGCGGUCUGCCUCGGCCGGGCCCGCCGCGGGGGAGUCUAAGCCCAAAGGCGAUGGCAAGAACACGAGUGGAUCCAAGCAGCGCUACAACCGGAAAAGAGAAACUUGCUCCUCAAAACAUGAGAACUGUGCCAGCCAGUCCCGCCGCUCCGCUCCACAGAAAAGCAAAGCUUUUAACAAGAUGCCCCCUCAACGGGGAGGUGGCAGUGGAAGUGGCAAACUUUUUAGCUCUUCUAACGGUGGGAGACGAGAUGAGGUAGCAGAGGCUCGACGGGCAGAGUUCAGCCCUGCCCAGUUCUCUGGUCCCAAGAAGAUCAAUCUGAACCACUUACUGAACUUCACUUUUGAACCCCGUGGCCAAGCAGGCCAUUUUGAUGGGAGUGGACAUGGCAACUGGGGAAAAAGGAACAAGUGGGGACAUAAGCCUUUCAAAAAGGAGCUCUUCCUGCAGGCCAACUGCCAGUUUGUUGUCUCUGAAGAACAGGACUACACAGUCCACUUUGCUGAUCCAGAUACCUUGGUCAACUGGGACUUUGUGGAGCAAGUGCGGAUUUGUAGCCACGAAGUGCCCUCCUGCCCAAUAUGUCUGUACCCACCGACUGCAGCCAAGAUCACCCGCUGUGGACAUAUCUUCUGUUGGUCAUGUAUCCUUCACUAUCUCUCCUUGAGUGAAAAGACCUGGAGUAAAUGCCCUAUCUGUUAUGGCUCUGUUCACAAGAAGGACCUUAAGAGUGUCAUUGCUAUGGAAACACGUCAGUAUGCAAUUGGUGAUACCAUCACCAUGCAGCUCAUGAGAAGAGAGAAGGGUGUUCUGGUGGCACUGCCCAAAUCUCAGUGGAUGGAUGUGGUGCAGCCUGUGUACAUCGGAGAUGAUCAGCACAGCCAGUAUUCAAAGCUGCUUCUGGCAUCCAGGGAGCAGGUCUUGCAGCUGGUGAUUCUGGAGGAGAAAGCAGCAUUACUGAAACAGUAUGAGGAAGAAAAACAUACCCCAGAGGCUUGCUUUAUUGAGGCAGCUAUCCAGGAACUAAAGGAGCGAGAAACAGCACUCUCUAUGGCCCGGAGUAAAAGCAGUGGCAUCGCUAGAAUCAGUGCAGCUGUGGAAAAAUUGGUCCUAGACAGCUCCAAAGCUGUGGAGCCCGCAGUUUCCCGAGAGAAAAAGUGUGGUGUGGAAUAUAUCUCUGCAUUUGAUGAGGAGCUUAUGGAGCCUUGCUCUGAUACGGCAAGUUCCUUUUCACCUCCUGUGGAAGCAGAAGAGGCAGUGGUGGAUGAUGAGGAGGUACCUGAGGUGGACACUGUAGGGGAACGUGAUGUGAAUCAGCAGAAGAAAGCAAAUCCAUCUGAAACAAGCUCCCAGGAACCUAAAGAUACAAUUGGCAGUGGUUGUCUUGGCAGCUCUCCUUUUUACUAUUUCUAUCAAGCGGAGGAUGGGCAGUGCAUGUACCUUCACCCCGUGAACGUCCGCUGCCUUGUGCGGGAGUAUGGCAGCCUAGAGAAGAGUCCUGAGAAGAUACCUGCAGCUGUAGUGGAGACAACUGGCUACUCCAUGACAGAGGAUAUAAGACAGCGGCAUCGCUACCCUCUGUCACUUCCCCUCACCUGCGAGUUCAGCAUUUGUGAACUGGCUCUGAAGCCACCCAUCAUCUCUAAAGAGACUUUGGAGCUGUUUUCAGAUGACCUUGAAAAGAGGAAGCGCCUGCGGCAGAAGAAGGCUCGUGAUGAGCGACGGCAUGAACGCAGAAUUGAGAUAGAAGAAAACAAGAAACAGGGCAAAUAUCCAGAGGUCCAUAUUGCUUUAGAGAAUCUGCAGCAGUUCCCUGCUUUUACCUCUUGCCCCAGAGAAACUACCAGCGUUGAUCACCAGAGCUUCUAUCUGUCUCCUCUUGGCAGAAGCCCUGUGUUUCAGACAGAGGCUGCUCCAGCUCCAUUGUUGCCUGCUGCCAGCCAGGUCAGCCCGCUGCUCUGUGGGAGUUUAGAAGAAGAGUCUCCCUUCCCUUCCUUUGCCCAGAUGUUGAGAGUUGGAAAGGCAAAACCAGAAGCGUGGCCCAAACCUGCUCCAAAGACAAGAGAUGAGGACUCACUGGCACUCCCUGUGCCAGUGGACAGUGAUGGAGAAAGUGACAGUUCUGACCGCAUGCCUGUGCCCAGCUUCCAGAAUUCCUUCAGCCAAGCUAUUGAGGCAGCCCUCCUGAAACUGGACAAAUCGUCCACAGCUGAUCAUUUAUCAGAGGAGAAGGGAGGCAAGAAAAGAAGAAAACAGAAGCAGAAGCUAUUGUUCAGCACCUCUGUUGUUCACACAAAGUGAAUCUGCUAUUCAAGAGAAGUUUCCUCUCCUGGUUUUCUUUUUUUGCUUUGUUUUGCUGCUGUAGUUUUAAGUAUUUAAAAUUGAACAGACUAAACUUGUGGUUCUAGGGCUUCUGGGAGGUUCAGAAAGAAACUCUGACAGUAUAUGUUGAAUUAAGA